GAUGGAGUCGUAACCAUAAAUUUUAGAAGCUAUGUUCCCCAUCUUAUGUAUCAUCUAGCUUCGUGCCAUCAUUUGCUGUUCCUUUCCAACAGUAUUAGGCAGUCCGAGCGCAUUUUGCGUGUCAAGGAAAGAAAAUAUUAUAUCAGAACUACUAAGAAACAGAAACAAUUGAAAAAUGUCCUGGAGGAGAAAGAUUAUGCUCACAUUAUGUGGUGGAAGGAGCGAAUUCAAAUGUGCAGAAAGCCUUCUUCUGUUCUACUGGUCAAGAGGCUUACAUAUUCUAAUCUUCUGGGAAUUGAUACUAGCUUGAGGAAUGGGAGGUAAUCUCUUAAAGUUUACAUGAUUAGCUGCAA